AUGGCCGGAGCAGACGUAGACGCGCCCAGUGCGGGCCGUCUGCGUAAGAACACCUUUUCUAACAAGAUCGGCAAGUUUUUCGGGUCCAAGGCCCCACAUGGCGGCAUCGGCGCGGCAGGCGGGCCCGCUGCGCCUGCAGCGGGCAUUUCGACUGGGUUCGGGCCCCAUGGCGCCCACGGGGCGUCAGCUGGGCCAGCCGCAUCAACAAGCCAUAUGCCAUCCCCUUCGAACUCGACGGUCUCAUUUGAGGCCUCUCAGCCCAGUUCAAGGCCCGCGUCGCGGUCCAGCUCGCCGCCCGUUUCGCUGAGCGGCAAAUCGGCCACCGCAGCAGCGGCAGACGCCGCCGCUGCGGCCGAUGCGAUGCACAAGAGCGCAAGCAACGCGAGUCUCGCCAGCAACGCGUGUUUGAACCGCUUUGUUGUCCAUGAGGACGGCUCUCACGAGCAUCAUCUCAAGAACGGCAAACGGCAAGAGAAACUGACCAGUAUGUUGAAAAAUAUGCUUGGCGCGCAGAAACUGCGCGCAGAGGCCAAAUCCGCCGUGCCAGACUUGCUCAUGGUCAAACGCGGUACAACAGCGGCGAGUCCCGCGACUCCCGGUUCUUCCAGCACGCCAGCCACGUCUUUGGCCACGCCACAGGCCCCACCUUCUUUGUUCUCGGGGCUCGUGAAGCAGGUUGAGAGCCAGGACGCCACUUCUUACAGCGGUGCGUUUCAACUAGCCCAGAACUACUACGCUCGGAAAGUCUCUGGAGAGGAACCCAUUGCAGCGGCCGUACCGCUCAGUUUUGCCGAAAAAUACGGGCGGUGCCAAGAAGUUGUCGGUAAAGGUGCGUUUGGAGUCGUGCGUAUCAGUCACAAGAAAAGACCCGAUGCGCCUCAUGGCGAGCUUCUGUAUGCUGUCAAAGAGUUUCGGCGUAAACCCUCUGAGUCUGCGGAUAAGUACUCGCGUCGUUUGAAAUCAGAAUUUUGCAUAUCUUCAUCCCUCAAGCAUACCAACAUAAUAACGACUUUGGACCUAUUCCAAGAUGCCAAAGACAACUACUGCCAGGUCAUGGAGUACUGCUACGGUGGAGAUCUAUUCACGCUCAUCAUAGCAGCGGGCAAGCUCGAAUACAUGGAGGCAGACUGUUUUUUCAAACAACUCAUCCGUGGCGUGGUUUAUAUGCACGAAGUGGGUGUGUGCCAUCGAGAUUUGAAACCGGAAAACCUGCUGCUGACCUCCAACGGUGUCUUAAAGAUUACAGAUUUCGGGAACAGCGAAUGCUUUAGAAUGGCUUGGGAAAAAGACGUGCACAUGAUCGGAGGCGUUUGCGGGUCCGGUCCCUAUAUAGCGCCCGAAGAAUACGAUCGCGCUGAGUUUGACCCGAGACCCGUGGACAUAUGGGCUUGCGGUGUCAUUUAUAUGGCAAUGCGGACAGGGAGACAGCUGUGGACUUCUGCUCAAAAAGAGGAUGAGUUUUUUGCCAAAUAUUUAAGAGGUCGGAAAAAUGAGGCCGGUUACGAACCCAUCGAAAAGCUCAAGAGAGCAAGAUGCCGUAACGUAAUUUAUUCUAUCUUAGACCCCGUUGCAUCCAGGAGAAUUAGUGGGAAACAAAUUUUGAACAGCGAGUGGGGUAGGGAAAUCAGAUGCUGUAACGAGGGACGUGCUUGGAAGUAA